UGGUAAGUCUCACACUAGACUGACACUCGCGACAUGGCACACAAAUUAAUCCUCCUGGGCAUCCUUCUGUUGGGUUCCCUCUAUUGCCUGCACCUUCUAGCCCAGGACUACCAGAAGAUCCGACGUCCUGUUCAGAUGGCAGCCAAAGCAGCAGCCAAGAGCCUGGGCUUAGAUUUUCUGACCGGACGGAAGCGUCGGUCGGUAGAAGAGUCUGAACACGGACAGCCUCCGGGUAUUCAGUGGGACACCGUAUUGAGACACGAUCCGCUCCUCUGUUCAGUGUCUCUCGUUUGUCAGCUGGCUGCUGGAGCUGCGGAAAUUCCUGAUUUCUACGAAAUAAGGAAUUUCAUACUCUCAAAUGCCAACGACUCGGCCCCAGAGAAAGUGAAGAAGGCGCGUAAUCUUGGCAGAAAUGCAAACAGCGUCAAGGAAUGCUUCCAGAAAUUCAACUUUUGCAAAUUAUCCGCCAAGACGAUGCUUCGAAUAAUAGAUUUAGAAACUACCCUGUUCAAUUGA